CACAAAACUUAUUUUAUUAUUCAACAAUUGUUCUUCAACGUUUUUAUAGUUGGCGCCAGUUGAAGGCAAGCACAAAGCUGAUAAAAAAGUUGUCACUAGUUUGUUCGUUUUAGUGACUUUUAUAUCGAAUGCAAUUAUCUCAAAAUAAAAGUAUAUAUUCUUUUAGAUUAUUUUAAGAAAGAAUUUAAAAAAGGAUACCAAUUAUGAGAUUAACAUCUACUUUAUUGAGACGUGUUGGAGAAUGGUCAAAGAAAUAUUCAAAUUUACCUGAUAGUUAUAUUGAACGAGCUAUGGCACAGGUUUAUUGGAGAACGCCUCGUGGUAAGCCAAAUUAUUUGCCACGUACGAUUGAAAAGAAAGAUUUUCGUUUCUCUAUAUAUCGUCCAUGGACUAAUCAGUUUCAUCGUUACAAUCAACCUGGUCAGAGACAUAAAUUCAUUCAUGUCGAGCUUAUUAAGGACUGGAGUUUUUUUAGAGGUGAUAGGGUAGAAAUUUUAGUUGGAAAGGAUAAAGGAAAGCAAGGAAUCGUAAAAGAAAUCUAUCAAGAAAGGAAUUGGAUAAUUGUCGAAGGACUUAAUACAAAACUGAAACGUGUUAUGCAAGACAAACAAUUCCCUGGUUUUUAUACGCAGCAAGAACAACCAUUAUUAGUAACUUCACAGGUGCAGUUGGUUGAUCCUUCAGACAUGCAAGGAACUCCAAUAGAAUGGCGAUACACAGAAGAUGGCAAAAAAGUUCGCAUAUCUUUAAGAACUGGUAGAGUAAUUCCUAUUCCUGUCACGAGUGAGGAAACAAUAGAUUACAAGGCUCCUCACUUAUACAAAGAACAACCAAAAGAUACAAUUAAAGCGGAUGCAGAAAGAAUAACUUUUAUGCCAACAUUAAAGACUUUUGAGAUGGACAUCAUGGAUGAAAUGGGUAUUAAAGAUGAUCGUAUUCCAAAGAGUAGUUAUUGGUAUUAAUCAUUGUUAUGUAUAAUUUCCUGUUCUUAAAGUUUCUUGUACAAUUUAAAUAUAUUAAAUAAAUUAAAAAUUAUUUGAAACAUA